AUGACCAACCCCAGUCUCCUUGAGCUUCCCCCUGGGGUUCAGCUCGUCUACCUUGCAGAAGGUGGAGCCAAUGUGAUCUACCGCUUUGUUUCAGCCCCAGUGCUAUCUACACCGAUCGGUCGAGACCGAGAUCUCAAAGCAGUCUCGCCAAUUGCGGUGGAUGUGCCGCCGCGGUUUCGAGGGAAACUUCUCCGCCUACGGAAAGACACCGCGGCAGAUAUACCGUACAAAGAGAUUAAUCGCAAUUUCAAUACGAUUGUGCGACCACUAUUCAAAGCGGAUGAGUUGGUCGAUCAAGCUCUUAUCUUACUUCCUAGUGGCCUUCUCCGAAGCUGCAACGAGCAACUUCACGCUGCUGAAAUUAGCGGUCAGAGACCUAAAAAGCGACAUGGCGGGUAUCUUUGUCUUCAUGAACCAUACGGGUUAUUGAUUACCGAUAUGACGACAUUCAAUGAGCCCGGUGCGACCCUCGCAGAACUGAAGCCGAAAUGGCUCACACAGUCGCCUUCUGCACCUACUACAGCACGUCGGUGUCGGACAUGUGCCUUGAGAGAGAUGAAGAACCAAGAUUUGCGAGUAAUGGGCAUGAAAGAGCAACGAUCGUUUUGUCCUUUGGAUCUUGUCUCGGAAUGCUUUGAUCGGAUUCUCCACGCAACAUCCUUUAUCAAGGGUUGUAAUGACCGAGCGCGAUUAGCGCGCAUCCUACAUCGGAAUCCAACCCUGCAGAGAUUACGGACUCAGCAGGUCUCCUGCAAUCAGGUCGGUCUACUUGGACCGCCCGCUACAUCUCAGAGGACAUCACUUGAUAUGACAAUACGAGAUUGCACAAUGUUUAUCAGGAUUCCACACGAUGAAAAAUCUCCAGUUGAGAUUCGUCUCGGUGAUCUUGACUUGAAGACAGGAGCCGGUGGAAAAUCUACGUAUUGGAGGAAGCUCGAGGUCAAUUUAAUUGACGAUGGAUGGUAUAAUGGAUCCAACUCCAAUGAUCUCAGCGACUGUGCACUACAAAACGCCAGCUCAACACUGGAGCCCUCAUUUUAA